AUGUUCAGCUCUGGACGAAGAAUGGCCGAGAAGUGGAGAGUGGGGGAGAGACUCCAAUGCCCAGCGGGCCGUGCGCGGGCGGCGCUUGCGCGGUACGCGGACGGGGGGGCGGUCGGGCCAUUUAAAUGUGUGUUUGUGGGUGAAAUGGCUGCGCAGGUCGGAGCGGUCCGCAUAGUACGGGCGGUGGCGGCGCAGGAGGAGCCGGACAAAGAGGGAAAGGAGAAACCCCACGCUGGGGUCUCGCCGCGGGGAGUGAAGCGGCAGCGCCGAGCGAGCAGUGGGGGGUCUCAGGAGAAGCGGGGGCGGCCAAGCCAGGACCCCCCUCUCGCUCCCCCUCACCGGCGGCGUCGCAGCCGCCAACAUCCCGGGCCGCUGCCGCCAACGAAUGCAGCCCCAACCGUCCCAGGCCCUGUUGAGCCUCUGCUCCUGCCGCCUCCGCCGCCACCUUCGCUGGCACCCGCCGGGCCCGCUGUCGCUGCCCCGCUCCCGGCCCCGGGCACUUCGGCCCUCUUCACCUUCUCGCCCCUGACGGUGAGCGCGGCCGGGCCCAAGCAUAAGGGCCACAAGGAGCGGCACAAGCACCAUCACCACCGCGGCUCUGAUGGUGACCCCGGCUCCUGCGUUCCGGGAGAGCUCAAGCACAAGGACAAGCAGGAAAACGGCGAGAGGACUGGAGGGGUGCCUCUAAUCAAGGCCCCCAAGAGAGAAACACCAGAUGAAAAUGGUAAAACCCAGAGAGCUGAUGAUUUUGUCUUGAAGAAAAUAAAGAAGAAAAAGAAAAAGAAACACCGAGAAGAUAUGCGAGGAAGACGCCUUAAAAUGUACAAUAAGGAAGUACAAACCAUCUGUGCUGGCCUGACCCGCAUCAGUAAGGAAAUCCUCACCCAAGGACAAAUAAAUAGCACUUCAGGAGUUAAUAAGGAGUCCUUCAGGUAUCUGAAAGAUGAACAGCUGUGUCGAUUAAAUUUGGGCAUGCAAGAAUAUCGGGUACCCCAGGGAGUACAAACACCUUUUAUGACUCACCAGGAACAUUCUAUUCGUAGGAAUUUCUUAAAAACAGGUACUAAAUUUAGCAACUUUAUUCAUGAGGAACACCAGUCCAAUGGUGGUGCUCUUGUCCUUCAUGCUUACAUGGAUGAACUCUCAUUUUUGUCUCCAAUGGAGAUGGAGAGAUUUUCUGAGGAGUUUCUUGCUUUGACAUUCAGUGAAAACGAGAAAAAUGCUGCUUACUAUGCUUUAGCAAUAGUGCAUGGAGCGGCCGCUUAUCUCCCAGACUUCUUGGACUACUUUGCUUUUAAUUUCCCCAACACUCCAGUGAAAAUGGAAAUUCUGGGCAAGAAAGAUAUUGAAACAACCACCAUUUCAAAUUUUCACACUCAGGUCAACAGGACAUACUGCUGUGGCACCUACCGAGCAGGUCCUAUGCGGCAGAUAAGUCUUGUUGGAGCAGUAGAUGAAGAAGUUGGUGAUUAUUUCCCAGAGUUCCUUGAUAUGUUAGAAGAAUCACCAUUUCUGAAAAUGACUUUGCCAUGGGGUACACUUUCUAGCCUUCGACUCCAGUGUAGGUCCCAGAGUGAUGAUGGGCCUAUCAUGUGGGUAAGGCCAGGCGAGCAGAUGAUCCCUACAGCAGAUAUGCCAAAGUCACCCUUCAAAAGACGACGAUCAAUGAAUGAAAUUAAAAAUCUCCAGUACCUACCUCGGACCAGUGAACCCCGUGAAGUCCUCUUUGAAGAUAGGACAAGAGCGCAUGCUGAUCAUGUAGGUCAGGGGUUUGACUGGCAGAGUACGGCUGCUGUUGGGGUUUUGAAAGCUGUACAGUUUGGUGAAUGGAGUGACCAACCUCGCAUAACCAAAGAUGUGAUUUGUUUUCAUGCUGAGGAUUUUACUGAUGUUGUACAGAGACUUCAGUUGGACCUUCAUGAACCUCCAGUUUCCCAGUGUGUGCAGUGGGUGGAUGAAGCGAAACUAAACCAAAUGAGGCGGGAAGGCAUUCGUUAUGCUAGAAUUCAGCUGUGCGACAAUGAUAUCUACUUCAUCCCUAGAAAUGUCAUUCAUCAGUUCAAAACAGUGUCAGCAGUGUGCAGCUUAGCCUGGCAUAUAAGGCUGAAACAGUACCACCCUGUUGUGGAAGCCUCUCAAAACACAGAAAGCAGUUCUAACGUGGACUGUGAUUUAACUGGAAAGAAAGAAUUAGAAGUUGACUCCCAGUGUGUGAGAAUAAAAACUGAAUCUGAGGAAACAUGCACAGAGAUGCAGCUUUUGACAACUGCUUCAUCGUCCUUCCCACCUUCAUCUGAACUUAAUCUACAGCAAGAUCAGAUGACUCAGCCUAUUCCAGUUUUAAAGGUGGAAAGUAGACUGGACUCUGACCAGCAACACGAUCUACAGGAACAUUCAAGCACUCCUGUGUGAUGUGUACAUACUCAAACACAUUUUUUAACUUUUUUAAAUUUUGAUGUGAAGUUAUAGUUUUAUAACUGGCUUAAGUUAAGUUUUAUUGGAGAAAUCUUGCCUAUAAUUCUAUAAAGAGAAAUGACAUUCCACAAAUGUCAAGCAUAUCUUUUUUACACAGAUUAUGCAAAGUUAAGAGUUGUAUCUUAUCCCGUUAGUACAGUAUGUAAUAGUGGGUCUGCUGCUACUUUCUGUUUUAAGGUGUGAGGUAACAAUUCAAUCUCUUCUUCAAAUCAAAAUGAGAAUUCUCUGGAAUAACAGAUUCUUAUUUGGUAAAUAAUUCACUUCCUUUAAUUUUAUCUUGCCUUGUCUCUUGCCAUAUUUGCUGUUUUUAUGAUAGAAGAUCAGAUUUAUGGUUUAGUACUUGUGCUUUUAUGGCACAGAUUCAAUUUCUACAGUAAAAAUGGCAUAGGUCGCAGGAAAGAAUUCCUGCAUCUUGUACAUGGGCAAGUCAGUUAUUUAGUUCCAACCAUAAAGAACAGAUAGUUUCUAAGGAAUUCAGUGGCUCUCUGAUUUCUUAACUAAAGAGAAAGCACAGCACUUUCUGAUCCAAACUGUCUUUUUUUGUAUCUGUUAUUUAAAGCCCAGUGGAUAUUUCAAUUAAAAAUAUCUAAAGAUGAAUAGUCCUUGGUC